AUGUCAGGGAUCACCUACGAUCGAGACAGCAUUGAGUACUGGUUAUUCAAGAAUCACAACACAAUCUGUCCAGUCACGAAACAUCCUUUGCCAAGAGAUUCAGAUUUGACUCCAAAUCACACUCUCCGCCGUCUGAUCCAAGCAUGGUGCACUGUGAAUUCUGCAUAUGGUAUUGAUCUGAUUCCGACGCCGAAGCCUCCACUUAGCAAAUUUCAUGUGCUGAAUCUUGUUAGAGAUCUUUGGCUCCCUAAUUUGCAAGUGAAAACACUGCAAAAGUUGGAAGGAAUCGCUGUGGAGAAUGACAGAAAUAAAAGUUACAUGGUGGAAGCUGGUUUAGUUAAGGCCUUAAUGUAUUUUAUUAUAUCGUGUCAUAGGAAACGUCAAACAGAAGGUUUAGAAGAGGCUCUAAGUCUGUUUUACCUUAUUCGAGGUUUAUUAGGCCAAGAAAAGACAUCCUUGUCCCAGAACGAAGAAAUCGUCGAAUCUUUAACGUGGGUUUUAGGUUUCGAUGGGGCUCUUGAUCACGUAGCCCUGAAAGUGCACGCAGCAUAUGCACUGAAAGCUGUUACCGAAAAGGCGAAUUCGAGAAUGCUAGCAACAUUGAAGCCAGAAUUUUUCGAGAGGAUUGUUCGUGUUCUACGGGAAGGUAUCUCACAGCAAGGAAUCAAUGCACUUUUACAUGUUAUUCUAAACACUUGUCCAUGUGGAAGAGAUAGGAUAAAUAUGAUCGAAGCUGGGGCAGUUUUUGAGCUCAUCGAGCUUGAAUUAAGAAUCCCAGAAAAGAAAACCUCAGAACUUAUACUGGGAAUCUUGUUUCAUUUAUGUUCAAGUGCAGAUGGAAGGGCUCAACUUCUGAAUCAUGCGGCUGGUAUUGCAGUAAUCACAAGGAGGAUUCUUAAUGUUUCAAACACUGCAGAUGAUAGAGCCAUUUUGAUUAUUUCAUUGAUCUGUAAAUAUUCAGGAAGCAAUGGAGUACUGCAGGAAAUGUUGAGGGUUGGAACUGUAGUGAAGCUGUGCAUGGUGCUGCAAGCAGAUUGUGCCUCACAUCUAAAGGAUAAAGCAAGAGAAAUCCUAAGAACACAUUCUGAUGUGUGGAAAGAUUCUCCUUGUAUUGAUCUUCCCACCUUAACAAGGUACAUAAGGUGA